AUGAUGAAAAUUGCAGUUGUUGCUUUCGCUUUGAUCCUGACGAUAUCAUCGAUAUCCAUCAAUGGGUAUCCGCUUUCCAGACAUUCUAAACAGUUGAAUAAUGUUGAUUACUUGAUAAACUCUAAACAGAAAACGUCUGAAGCUUGGAACGAUCCGAGCUCUCGAGAUUUUAACACGAAGAGAAUGUUAGAACAUGACUACGUGGAAAAAUUGAAAGAAGAAUUAGAAAAUCUAGGACUUGAUAGCAAACUAUUGGAUGAUGAAGACGUUUUGCAAGAACUUACUACCACUCAAGCAGCUCCAAUCAUUUGCGAUGAGAAUAAGGGUGAAAUUCCUUUCUUGUUUGGUUGCAUACAAGGCUAG